GUUCAUAGAUGAACGAUUGUAAUGCGUGAAUAACAGUAACUGUUCAACCCUUUUCGCAGCAUUUUUAGCCAACUUGUCUUUAUCUUCAUGACUUGUGAGGAGAAACCCGUGUAAUUGGAAGUGCGAUGUCUUCUCAUGAGUCGAGAUGGCGUGGAUGGGCUAGUAUAUUUGGCGGAGUUCUCAUCAACUUAACCACCGGGACUGUCUAUACCUUUGGAAACAUGACGCCAUACGUCGUGUCAUACAUACGUAAACACGGAGAGAAAAGGACCUGACGUACCAGAUGGUCAUCUUGUGUACUAGCCUCCUGUUUGCCAUGGAUAGUUUAGGUAUCGUAGUAGGAACAUGGAUGGAGAAAAAAUAUGGAGUAAGAAAAACGAUUCUUUGCGGGUCUCUUUUCUGCUGGAUUGGAUUGGCAGCAUCAUUUUGGGUUAUCCGCAUCUCUUUUUAUCUCUUUCUCUUCACCUAUGCGUGUUUAUUUGGUUUAUCGAAUGGUUGUGUAUAUAUUCCUACUGUGAUCUCUGGAAUGAAGUGGUUCCCGAGGAGGCGUGGCUUAGUCGCUGGUACCCUCCUGGGUUUCUGUGGAAUUGGGAGCGUCGCCUCAAAUUUCAUUCAGACUCUCUUUAUCAAUCCCAACAACCUCGCUCCCAACGAAGUCCGGACGGUAGGAGGAAGGGAAGAAAUAUAUUUCACGCAGGACUCGGUUCUGAACCGGACACCAGGUGCGUUCCUACUACAAGCCGGAUUGUGCGCCAUUCUGCAGAUAACCGGUCUGUUGCUUAGCUGCGAGCCCCCUGAUUAUAAUCUAGAUAAGGAGAUGCAAACUCUUCUAGACAAGAAAGAAAAAACGACAUCUUCAGUUGGUGAGGAUACGGGUGAUUCCAUCAAAAAGGAAUCGUCGCCCGACAUGGAAAUGAAAUCCUUGGUCACAAAACGGAAAGAUCACCGUACACGAAACACUCCUCCAUUACCCUCCGACGAGAUUUUAUUAGAAACAGAUGGUCACAACGGCCGCCCUACCCGCACCCUUCAAGAGGGUGUGGUCGCCGGAGAGGGGCGGGAAACCACCUCCAAGAACGGGGAUCCAUUGUGGUCCGGUCUCUCGCUUGAUGUAGGCCAAGUGAUCAGACGGCCCUAUAUCUGGCUAUUUAUGGCGAUGCAGGCGUCCUGUGUGUUAACUGGAGUGGCUUUCCUUGGCAGCUACAAGGCAUUUGGUAUAGGUUUUAUCCGGGAUGAUGUAGUCCUUGCUACUAUCGGUUCCACAGGUUCCAUCUUUAAUUUCCUGGGCCAUUUCUUGACAGGCGUCAUCAUCGAUCAUGUUUCAAUCAAGGUUACCUCCAUUAUACUAUGUGGUGUCACGUCAGCUUCGCUUUUUCUUGCCCCAGCCACAUCUCUAGGAGGGGGAGUGGCACCCUUCCUGAUAGUGGUCUGUGUUGUACUAUUCGCAUUAGGAGGAGCAUACUCCGUACAACCAGUACUAGCUAUAAGGGCAUACGGGGAAGAACACUUUGCCGGCAACUUUAUUUUAACUACAAUGCUGGGUUUUUUUCUGCCAAAUAUCCUUGCGAUUCUUGUGACAAUUCUUCAGAAAUUUUUGUCCUGGACAACAAUAUUCAUCUUUUAUGGAUUAGUACCCGGACUCGCUAUGUUCGCCGGCAUGUUCAUGAACUUGAAGAAUCAACUGGGCCAGGACAUCUGACGGACCGACUGCAAUCAACAUGGACCCAAUGCCGCUGAGGGCCUCGGAACUAAUAUGUAUAUAUAAUAUAUAUAUAUAUAUAGAGAGAGAGAGAGAGAGAGGGAGAGAGAGAGAGAGAGAGAGAGAGAGGAGAGGGGUGUCAACCCUUCUUUGGGAACUGAACGAAUAUACGCACAUGUACCCACGCCGCCUAUAAUAAUGUGCAUUUGUACAUUUAUUUAAUUAAUCACAUAUGAAUAAAUUUGAUAUUUUAAGACUAAAUUACAAACAGUCAAUCGAAAGUUGGGAUAAAUCGUGAAUGCCACCAAUGAAUUAGAAUGCUUAAAGUACACCGUCGCGACAUCAGAAAAUCGUUGCGCCAAAUCGAAUGACCAAAUAGUGAAAGAAGCACAUUGUUAAUUAAUUUGAAUGAAUCAUACAUAGAUUCUCACGGAAACUUCAUAGAUUUGAAAACUAGAACAAGGAAUAUAAACCCAAGGUUUACCUGACAGGACACUAAAUACUGACAGCACUAAAACCAUCGAAUUUGAAAGCAAGACAAAUUCAUUUUAAUGACAAACUCGCGAAUUUGACCGGGUAAUCCUAUAUUAUGCUUCAAUUUAGUGUAAUGUUUAGAAAUAUUGUAUUUUUGAAAGUAAUCCAAAAUCGCAAUUAUCAAAGGCUCUUCAAUGUUGCACUCCGUGAUUUUAACAGAUAUACACAUGAUUAUAUAUGUUUUUUUCUUAAUGUUAAGUGAAUGUUUAUGAAAUAUGUAUUCAAAUCCUCUAAUAACGUUAAUAUUGUUGUUGAAUGUGUUUAUAAUCAUGUUAAUAAAUCUUUUUAUUGUUGUUUAUGUUGAACUUGAGAGAGAAAAAAACAACAAAAAAUUAUAUAUAAAGUGAGUUUUCUGCUACAAACAAACAAAACUUUAAUUUCCCUGAUUAUCUGUAGUUACCAAUGAUCCAAUGAAAACAAUGAAUGGGUUACUCGUUUGUGCAUCAGUUCGAAUCUUCUAAAGAGUGCUUGAACCUGAAACCUAACUUUCAUCCGAUAAAAUGACAUGUACCGUGCACUAUUGUCUAAAACCAAAUUUGACACAUCAAGUGUUGAAGAUCUCUCUGAGAGACAGGAAAGUGUUUUAUUAUUUUAGUUUCAAACGAAUUAUUGUUUUUGUGAUAUCAUAAGGUUUAUUAAUGUUUACACACUAGUUAAAUACAGCGAUGACGCUGAACAGAUUAUAUAUACUAUUCUUAUUCACCUCCCUAUCUUUUCCUUGUUCGCACCCAUUACAUGUAAUUCUCAGUUAGUAAAUUCUGAAUGGUGAUAUAUCUAGAUGUAAGAA